AUGCUAUCCUCUCUUCGCCGCAUCGUCCCAACUUUGCCACGUGGCUCCCGGUCUCUGACUUCUCAACAGAUUUUCGAUAGAGAGAAGAAGUUCGGAUGUCACAACUACAAACCACUUCCAGUUGCACUUUCGAAAGGAGAGGGAUGCUUCGUUUGGGAUGUCGAAGGAAAGAAAUACUUUGAUUUCUUGGCCGCCUAUUCAGCUGUCAAUCAAGGACAUUGCCACCCAAAACUUCUCAAAGUGGUCCAGGAUCAAGCAUCCACUCUGACUCUUACCUCCCGUGCUUUCUACAAUAAUGUGCUUGGAGAAUACGAGGAAUACAUCACAAAACUAUUCAAGUAUGAUAAGGUUCUUCCAAUGAAUACUGGAGUCGAAGCUUGCGAAUCAGCUGUCAAGCUAGCUAGACGAUGGGCUUAUGAUGUCAAAGGAGUCAAGGAGAAUGAUGCCGUUGUUGUGUUCGCUGAGAAUAAUUUCUGGGGACGGUCCAUUGCUGCUAUUUCUGCAUCCACUGAUCCAGACUCGUAUGCUCGAUUCGGACCAUUCGUCCCCGGAUUCAAAACAGUGCCAUACAACAAUUUGAAAGCUGUCGAGGAGGCUGUUUCCGAUAAGAAUGUCGCCGCUUUUAUGGUUGAGCCAAUUCAAGGAGAAGCUGGAGUCGUGCUCCCAGAUGCUGGAUAUUUAAAGGGUGUCGCUGACAUUUGCAAGAAGCACAACGUGCUUUUCAUCACUGAUGAAGUGCAAACUGGUUUGGGAAGAACUGGAAAACUCCUGGCUCACUAUCACGAUAACGUCCGACCAGACAUCGUUGUUCUCGGCAAAGCGCUAUCCGGAGGCUUCUAUCCAGUGUCUGCCGUGCUUUGCGAUGACGCUGUCAUGAUGAAUAUCAAGCCAGGAGAGCACGGAUCCACAUACGGCGGAAACCCAUUGGCUUGCAAGGUGGCUAUUGCUGCUUUGGAGAUUCUUCAAGAAGAGAAACUCGUUGAGAACUCCGCCAAGAUGGGAGAAGUGCUGAUGAACAAGUUGAAGACGUUGCCAAAGGACGUUGUAUCUCUUGUCAGAGGAAAAGGACUUUUCUGCGCCAUCGUUAUCAAUAGCAAAUACGAUGCCUGGAAAGUGUGUUUGAAACUGAAAGAGAAUGGACUCCUCGCCAAGAACACCCAUGGAGACAUCAUCCGAUUCGCCCCGCCCCUUUGUAUCAACCAAGAGCAAGUCGAGCAGGCAGCUGAUAUCAUUAUCAAGACGAUCACCGAAUUCGCCAAGCAACAUUAA